UGAAGUCCAGAGUGAGAUGACUUGACUAAUAUGGGCACGUGUGAUGUCAUCGACCUCUUGUGAUGGGCGACCGUAGAGGUCACAGCAAGUCAUGGACUUAUGAUGGAGCCUGCCUGCCCCUUGAGCUGCGUCACGUGAAUAAAGUUAAGCUCUAAAGUCCAAGUGUAAUUCGGAGAUGGCUUCUAAUAUACUCUUGAGUAGCGCAUGUACCCGUAUCAAAUUCUUACUGCAAUUUGUUGCGAUCGAUCUGCUGGGGAACUUCUGAGAGUGAAAACUCAUUUCAGCACGCGCUCACCAAAUUCAUUUUCAAACAUUUCAAACAGUAGAAACAAAACUUUAUCAAUCAAUUAUUCUAUUCUAUUAAGUCAUGACUUGUGUUUUGAAGUUAUGCGUACCCAGAAAGUAUUAUAGUUCCAUUUAAUCCAAAAUGAUUCAUACAAAUGACUCAUAAACCAACUUGACAUCGUUGAGUUGGUCACACUUUUUGUAAAAAAUCUUUAGUACUGGCUAGGAGAAAUAUUUUUGAGGGUUUAGGUUCACAGUCUACAUCGAAUUGCAGUCGUCAGGCUAUAAAUAACAUUGAAAGAGUUUUUUGCAUCACUUUUUAGACACUAUUUUAGUCUUCUAUAGUUUCCAACAAACAAAAUUCAUGCAGGUCAAAAAUUGACCAGUUUGAACAUAAUACUCAAUAAUAGUUUUUUUUUUUUUUUUUUUUUUUUUUUAAAGCCAGGGGAUGUUUCAUGCAGAUCAGGAAGGAACAAUCACUCUUCACGCAAGCUUUGCUUGCGACUCCUGACACCCAGAAGAGUGUAAAUAGAACAUGCCUUGUGUCAUUAUUUCACUGUUUUCUCGAAACAAACAACUGCUCGAGCUCAAUGUGUAAAAAUGUGUUUGUAUGUGUUUGCGAACCAUGUCUACACUUUUUGGAUUUGAUUGUUUUCCAUUCUCUGCACGGCUCGGAAAAACAUCGAGGACACAUCAACCCAAAUAAACUGACUCAUUUUCUUACUAGUGCGCAACAGUUUAGUCGACUCAAAGGGGACGAGACAGGAAAUUGGAGCGGUCCCGUUAAUUUCUCGGAUGACGGAUCUCUGAAGCCUGCCAGAAAUGGAAGGAAAAGAUGUUUCCGUCAGCAUUUUCAGCCAGAUUCACAGAUCUCCGUAAUAGUCACACCCUGCCUAGCCGAUAUUAAGAAGAAAAACAAACGCUCUCACAGGUAUUUGGGAAACUAUGACGGGCCCUUUGAGUACAACUCGACAACAUGCAAAGAGAUCAGACAGGAGAUUAUGGAUGUCAAAGUCCUGACAAUAAACAAUAAUCGGAAAAUACACGGUCAUGGCUAUCCUUCUUCAUUCCACAAGUCUCUCUGCCUGUCUGCCAGGGUCAAAACCUCUGAUCUGUUUGAGAGAUGGCGCAACCUGCAGGUGUGUAAGUGGGAGCAGAGCAAGGAGGAGACCAGCAACUUCAAAAUGUCGUUGUCUCGCUGCUGCAACGCUCCUUCUUUCCUGUUCACCACCAAAAGGAACACCCCCGCCGGAACUAAACUGAGGUAUGAGGUGGACACCAGCGGCAUACUUCCCAUCACCACUGAAGUCUUCAAGAUGUUCCCGGAUGAUAUGCCAUACUCCAAAUCCCAGUACAAGAAAUGCGCCGUGAUCGGAAACGGCGGCAUCAUCAAGAACAGCAACUGCGGAAAGGACAUCGACUCGGCAGAUUUUGUGUUCAGAUGCAAUAUACCGCCCAUCAGUGAGAAAUACUCGUCUGAUGUCGGCACAAAAACGGACCUGGUAACCGUGAACCCCAGCAUCAUCACCGAAAGGUUCCAGAAGCUGGAGAAAUGGCGGCGUCCCUUUUACGACGUCCUACUGAACUACGAGAAUUCGUCGGUGGUCCUCCCGGCGUUCUACAACACGCGCAACACGGACGUGUCCUUCCGGGUCAAGUACAUGCUGGAUGACUUUGACUCGCAGCGCGGCGUCUUCUUCUUCCACCCGCAGUACCUGCUCAACGUACAGCGCUUCUGGGCGGUGCAGGGCGUGAGGGCCAAACGCCUCAGCAGCGGCCUCAUGCUGGUCACCGCCGCCCUGGAGUUGUGCGAAGAGGUGCACCUUUAUGGCUUCUGGGCCUUCCCCAUGAACCCGUCGGGCAUCUUCAUCACGCAUCACUACUACGACAACGUGAAGCCGCGACCGGGCUUCCACGCCAUGCCGCACGAGAUCUUCAACUUCAUUCACAUGCACGCCCGCGGUAUCGUGCGCGUGCACACGGGGCCGUGCACGUGAACGCGUAACCCGGCUCUGAAGUGGCGGUUUUCUCAAAGUGCAAGAAUCUCACUGAGGUGGAACCUCCAAAGUAGAAUGGCACGUUUCAAUAUGUUCCCAGAAGAAAUUAUGCGUAUUUAUAAAUGGUAUUCAUUUAUUUUUUAAAAGACUUACGAUGGUGGACCUGCACUAAGUGCAGGGGAUCGGGAGAGGGCCACUCCAAAACCUUAAUUUUGAUUUUUUAGCCAUUCAGAGGUGGACUUGCUCGUGUGUAUCACAUCGUUGUCCUGCUGCAUUGAUCCAAGAGCGCUUGAAUUGGAGGGCGCAGAGUGUUUGUUGGAUGUUCUCCUUCAGGAUUUUCGUGUAGACAGCAGAAGUCAUUGUCCAAUCAAUCACAGCAAGUUGUCCUUGUCCUGAGGUAGCAAAGCAGCCACAGACCAUCAAGCUGCCACCACCAUG